UUAGCCCUGAGAGGGAAGAAUCGGCUGGCUCCUGGAGAUAGACCUGAGCACACAGAGCCUCCCCACACCUUCAGAUCGGCACCUUGCUGCCCAGGAGCCUCCUCCAGCUAGCCUUCCUUCCCAGUCCGCUAUGGCCACUUCCAAUAGCAGCGCAGGCAUCCGGUGGUCCAGACAGGAGACACGCACGCUUCUCUCCAUACUAGGUGAGGCAGAGUAUAUUCAGCGCCUCCAGACCGUGCAUCACAAUGCAGACGUCUACCAGGCUGUGUCUAAGCGGAUGCAGCAGGAAGGCUUCCGCCGCACCGAGCGUCAGUGCCGCUCCAAGUUCAAAGUCCUGAAGGCAUUAUAUUUAAAGGCCUAUGUGGCCCACGCCACAAGUAUGGGUGAUCCACCACACUGUCCCUUUUAUGAUACGUUGGAUCAGCUUCUCCGAAAUCAGAUAGUGACUGACGCAGACAACGUAAUGGAGGAUGCUGCUUGGGCCAAGCACUGUGAUCGGAACUUAGCGGCCCCUGACGCCCCAGGAGAAGAAGGAGCCAGCAUUCUGGGAGCAAAGAGGACUCAGGCAGCAGAUCAUCAGCCUGUCUUGAAAACAGUUAAGGAAUCAGAUGAGGAUUGUCAACUGAGGAUCAGUGACCAGAUGCGAGAAACCAGUGACCUUGAGGACUCCUGGGAUGAAUCUUCGGGUGCAGGGUGCUCUCAAGGGACCCCCAGCUACAGCAGCUCCCACCACCUUUUCAGAGGUACAGCUGCUCCCUGUCAGAGCAGCCCCGUGACCAGACUGGGGGUGUCCGGUGAGCCCAGCCCCUGCACCAGCUCCAGCCAAAACACUCCCGGGGUGGCCUCGGCACAGCGGCCUCCGGGCUCCUCCUCCAGAGUUCCUUUUGUUUCUGGUGGGGAUGGGCCUUUGACCAGUGAGCCCCCUCCCAGGUGGGCAAGGCGAAGAAGGCGGUCCGUGGCCAGGACUAUCGCAGCCGAGUUGGCAGAAAACAGGAGAUUGGCGCGAGAACUUUCAAAGCGGGAGGAGGAAAAAUUGGACCGGCUGAUUGCCAUUGGCGAGGAGGCCAGUGCUCAGCAGGACACAGCCAACGAGCUGCGCAGGGAUGCGGUGGUCGCCGUCAGACGCUUGGCCACAGCGGUGGAAGAGGCAACGGGUGCUUUCCAGCUAGGGCUUGAAAAGUUGCUUCAGAGCUCUGAUGAUCCACAGGCUCAGAAAUACAUCAGGGAUAGUAAGUGUUUAGUCAUUGAAAAAAAUGGGAAAUUACGCUAUGAAAUAGAUACUGGAGAAGAAAAGAAAUUUGUCAGCCCAGAAGAUGUUGCCAGACUGAUAUUUAGUAAAAUGAAAGAAACAGCACAUUCUGUCUUGGGCUCAGAUGCAAAUGAUGUAGUUAUUACUGUUCCAUUUGAUUUUGGAGAAAAACAAAAAAAUGCUCUUGGGGAAGCAGCCAGAGCUGCUGGGUUCAAUGUUUUGCGGUUAAUCCACGAACCUUCUGCAGCUCUUUUGGCUUAUGGAAUUGGACAAGACUCCCCCACUGGAAAAAGCAACAUUUUGGUAUUCAAACUUGGAGGAACAUCCUUAUCUAUCAGUGUCAUGGAAGUUAACAGUGGAAUAUAUCGUGUUCUUUCAACAAACACUGAUAAUAACAUUGGAGGUACACAUUUCACAGAAACCUUAGCACAGUACCUAGCUUCUGAGUUUCAGAGAUCCUUCAAACAUGACGUGAGAGGAAAUGCCCGUGCCAUGGUGAAACUGAUGAACAGUGCUGACACUGCAAAACAUUCUUUGUCAACCUUGGGAAGUGCCAAUUGUUUCCUUGACUCAUUGUAUAAAGGUCAAGAUUUUGACUGCAAUGUGUCCAGAGCAAGAUUUGAACUUCUCUGUUCUCCACUUUUUAAUAAAUGUAUAGAAGCAAUCAGAGAACUCUUAGAACAAAGUGGAUUUACAGCCGAUGAUAUCAACAAGGUUGUCCUUUGUGGAGGGUCUUCUCGAAUCCCACGGCUACAGCAAAUGAUUAAAGAUCUUUUCCCAGCUGUUGAGCUUCUCAAUUCUGUCCCUCCUGAUGAAGUUAUCCCUAUUGGUGCAGCUAUGGAAGCAGGAAUCCUUAUUGGGAAAGAAAACCUUUUAGUGGAGGACGCUCUUAAGAUAGAGUGUUCAGCCAAAGAUAUUUUAGUUAAGGGAGUCGAUGAAUCAGGAGCCAACAGUUUCAAAGUACUGUUUCCGUCAGGGACGCCUUUGCCAGCUCGAAGACAACACACGUUACAGGCUCCUGGAAGUAUAUCCUCAGUAUGUCUUGAACUCUAUGAGUCUGAGGGGAAAAACUCUGCAAAAGAGGAAAACAAGUUUGCACAGGUUGUACUCCAGGAUUUAGAUAAAAAAGAAAAUGGAUUACGUGACAUAUUAGCUGUUCUUACUAUGAAAAGGGAUGGAUCUUUACACGUGACAUGCACAGAUCAAGAGACCGGAAAAUGUGAGGCAAUCACUAUUGAGGUGGCAUCUUAGUGUUUGAGAGAAACCACGAAGUUUUUAGAACUAAAAUAUCAACAUUAUUUGUUUUGUUUAUAAAUGAUGUUUAUAUUAAAAUACUUUUUGAAUGAACUGUAUGAUUUAUGUUUCUAUUUUAACUACAGUAUAUUGCUAAGUGUUGCAACCUUUUUUUUUUUUGUUUUCCAUUAAAGAUUUCCUUUAUUAGUGAGAAAUACAAGGAACUUUUACUACCAUGGAGCUAUUUAGAAUUAAAUUGUUUGAGUGGAUUAAAGGAAACUUUACCAGAAAUUUAACGUUGCAUUUUAAAAUUGUUUCUGUCUUUAGAACUUCUGAUUUUAAGAAGUCGUUUGUUAAUUCUUAUUAGGUAACUAAGAACAAUUUAAAAGUCUUUGAUAUUAAAUGAAACAAAAUUGCAGAGCCAUAUGCAAAGUAAGGUACCAUUUUUGCUUAAAAGAAAAAACUAAACUCAAUAAUUGUUUAUAAAUAUGCAUGUGACAUAUGUAGAGAAAAGUAUAGAAGACUAAACACCAGACGCUUUUUUAACGGUGGCUUCUUUGGUGGAGGGAAAUAGGGGAGAGGCACUUUUUCUUUUUACAAUUAUGUUAAGUUUGAUUUUUCCCUCUAACAGAUAUGUUUCUCAUUUGAAAUUGAAAGAUUUUUUUAUUUUGAAGAGAGGGCUAGCCACAUUCUGUUCACCAGAAAAUGUUGACUAGUGCAUUGAGAAUACUCAGUGGGUUACUAAGGAAAAAGAUUAUUCUCUUAGUAAAACAAGACAAGUAAUCUGCCUGUAUUGAGGGGAGAGCUUGAAGGUGAGCUGUGUACAUCAGACUCUAGAUUUUAUUACCAAGAGAGGAUUUCCAUUCAUUUCUCUCCUUGUUUCCCAGCAGACUGAGAAGAAAUAUCUUUACUCAGUAAAAUUUUAAAACUGUGCUAUUUUCCACCUGUUCAAGCUUUGGGAUGUGCUUUAUUAUUAUAGCUGCUUUUUAUGGAGUUAGAUGGCAGUAAUCUUCUAUUUCUAAAGAUGCAGAAACCAAACUUAAAUUUUUUAUUAUUAUUCUGCAUCAAAUUAUUGACAGAAACACAAGGAAAAUUAAGGUAUGAGUCUAAGUCCACAAAGAGGGAGCCUCAAAGGUAUAUCCUUUUGACUAAGGCUGAGUACUUAGUUAUCUUUUAUGAUCUUUUCCCAAGUUACAAAAACUUUGAAAUAAAAUAAUUAUAUAUAAGCCAUUAAGUAUUUUCAGAAAAUAGGAAGAUACCAGCUGAACUAGUUGAACUGCUACAUCUAAAUGCUUUCAGUUAUGCUUUGGAAAAGUGCUGUAGGAUUUUAUUUUGUAGUUACUGUUAGCUCUUUAGACCAGGGGUUGGCAAACUAUUGGCAAUGUGUCUGUCCUACCCCACACCUAUCUUUGUAAAUAAAAUUUUACCAGAACAUAGCCACACUCAAUCGUGUAUGUGUUGUUUGUGGUUGUUUGCCACUCUAAUGGCAAUGUUGAAUGGUUGCAACAGACUGUGUGACCCACAGAGCUUUAAAUAUUUACUGUCUGGCCCUUUACAGAAAAAGUUUGUCAACCCCUGAAAUAGAUUAUUGAAACUUAUAGAAUAAAAUAUCAUAAGGAUUUAUUCAAGAUUUCUCUUUACUUCCAUAUCCAUGUAAUAAUUUACUUAUUUGACUGCUUAUUUACUUAUUUCUCCACUGGAUUAUUAAGCAUUGUGAAAGCAAGAGACUCUUAAGUUUUAGGCACCAUCAUGUCCUAGCCCCUAGAAUAAUCCCUGAACAUCGGUGUUCAGUAAAUGUCUAUUGAAUAAGUGAAUUACAUGGAAGAAAAAAUAACAAUGUCAUCUUUGUAUCCUACAGGACAAUGGCCAGUAAAUACAACUUUUGCAUAUUUUAUGGUUUGUUUAGAAAUACCGUAGAAAGAGAAAGGAAUACCACUGCUUCUUUAUUGGUCAUCUUUGCACGUUUUUUUUCCCCCAAACAUACCAAAUUUGAAAUUGUCAUCAAAAGUGCUCUGUUGCUCAGUGAAAUAUAAAGUUGAUCCUUGAACAACUUGGGGGUUGGGGUGCCGAUCCACCAUGCAGUUUGAAGUCCACACAUAGCUUUACAGUCAGCCCUCCAUAUCUGUGGUUCCACGUCCAUAGGUUUAACCAACCGCGGAGCUCUUGUAGUACCUAUUUAUUUUAAAAAAUCCGCCUGUUAGUGGACCUGCACAGUUCCAGCCUGUGUUGCUCAAGAGUCAACUGUACUCCCAAAUUUUCUUGUAUCCACAAAUAACAAGUUUUCUUUUUUUUCUUCUAAAUUUACGGAAGAUUUGCCAAUUAAAUUUUCUAGUUUUUUUUUUAAGGUGAGAAUACCUUUAACAUUUUUCUGAUUAUACAUGUUCAUUAUAAAAUUAAAAUUUAAAAAGAAGAUAAUAUAAAACAUCCUAUAUUCUACCACCCAGAGUAACAACUGUUAAGAUAUUUUUGGUGAGCAUCUUGAUAAUCUUUUCAAUCACUUUCUAAUUAUCUUUGCAGUAUCUCAUAUAUGUUUAAACACCUGAGUGCUUUUACCAGCAGAAUGUUAUGUCAAAUUAUAAUUUUGCCUAUUUACAUAUCUGACAUUGUCUAAAGGACGGAGCCAAAUAUAAAUACAGAAAGAAAUGCCUGUAUACAAUAUGAUAUAUAAUAAUACAUAAUAUAUUCACAGUAUAUGUAAUGCUAUGAAAGUCUUGGGAAGCCACAAAAUAUUUCAUCGCAAAGAGUUUUUAAAGAUUGAGGGACUUCCCUGGUGGCGCAGUGGUUAAGGAUCCACCUGCCAAUGCAGGGGACACGGGUUUGAGCCCUGGUCCAGGAAGAUCCCACAUGCCGCGGAGCAACUAAGCCUGUGCACCACAACUACUGAGGCUGCGCUCUAGAGCCCAUGAGCCACAACUGCUGAGCCCACGUGCCACAACUACUGAAGCCCGUGCACCUAGAGCCCGUGCUCCGCAACAAGAGAAGCCACCGCAACGAGAAGCCCGCACACCACAACAAAGAGUAGCCUCCGCUCUCCGCAACUAGAGAAAGCCCGCGUGCAGCAGCAAAGACCCAAUGCAACCCAAAAAAUUAAUUAAUUAAUUUUUUUAAGUUAAAAAAAGAAAGAUUGAAAAAAGUAUCAGAGCACAAAAACAAGUCCUAUGGGAAAAUGCCAGGAUUUCUAAAAUAACUGAGUGACCAUGUAACAUUUAUAAUAAUACUGCUGUUAAUUUGCUUUAAUUCAUUUUUCCUUUUUAAAUUGUGGUUUUACCACAUGAGUAGUUGCAAUAGAGAGAGUACUGUGGCAUGUAUGAUUUCUGUGUUCUACUUUGUUUGUUUGUUUGUUUUUGGCUGCACUGUGUGGCUUGCAGGAUCUUAGUUCCUGACCAGGGACUGAACCCCCAGGCCCUUGGCAGUGAAAGCCCAGAGUACUAACCACUGGACUGCCCGGGAGUUCCCUAUUUCUGUGUUCUAGAUAUGGAAAUAGAUUCAGAGAAGUUAAAUAACUUCCCAAGGUCUCACAGCAAAUAAAUGGUGGAUUUUGAAGUAA